UGGUGGCGAGCCUGGGUUGAGAGUAAUGUUACAGAUUGGGAGAGUGAAGAGGCUGCGUAUCGAUCCCGCUUUCACAGCCAUUGCAGUACAUUGAGCUCCAUAGACACAGCAUUGGAAACCAACUGAAAAUGGGUAAAGGUGAUCCCAAAAAGCCACGAGGCAAAAUGUCCUCAUACGCUUACUUCGUGCAAACCUGCAGAGAAGAGCACAAGAAGAAGCACCCUGACACAUCUGUAAACUUCUCAGAGUUCUCCAAGAAAUGUUCAGAACGGUGGAAGACCAUGUCUGCUAAGGAAAAGGGGAAGUUUGAAGAGAUGGCAAAGGCUGAUAAAGUUCGCUAUGAAAGAGAAAUGAAAACUUAUGUACCACCCAAAGGAGAAACGAAAAAGAAGUUCAAGGAUCCAAAUGAGCCAAAGAGACCACCAUCUGCUUUCUUUUUGUUCUGUUCGGAGUUCCGCCCUAAAAUCAAAUCUGAGCACCCAGGUCUGACAAUUGGUGAUGUUGCAAAGAAGCUGGGGGAGAUGUGGAAUAACACCGCAUCAGAUGACAAGCUGCCGUAUGAAAGGAAAGCUGAUAAACUGAAGGAGAAAUAUAAAAAGGAUAUUGCAGCCUAUCGUUCUAAGGGGAAACCAGAGCCUGCGAAGAAAGCACCUUCCAAGCCAGAAAAAAGCAAGAAGGAAGAGGAUGACGAUGAUGACGACGACGAUGAAGAUGAUGAGGAGGAUGAAGAAGAUGAGGAUGACGACGAUGAUGACGAAUAAACUCUUCUUUUGAGCAUUUUCUUGUCUAUAUAUCUAUAUAGCAUUUAACCCCCCCUGUACACAAUUCACUCCUUUUAAAGAAGACAAAAAUAUAAGGCUGUGUAAGAUUUGUUUUUAAACUGUACAGUGUAUUUUUUUUUUCCUUGUGUAUAGCUAAUACACUACCGAAUGUGUCUUUAGAUAGCCCAAUCUUUUUUUUUUCUCAUUUUCUUUGUUUUGGUGGUUUUUCAAACGCCACUGACCUUGCCUAGUACAGUGAGGGGGUUGUAAAUUGGCAUGACAAUUUUAAGCAGGUUCGUGUUGGUGCUCAGCACAAAUUAGUUUGAAUGGGGAUGUAGUUCAUGUUUUCAUCUUCAAUUGUCUUAGCAUCAUUUAUUGUUCUGUUUAACUGAAUACCACUCUGUAAUUGCAGAAAAGUUGCGACUGUUUUGUUGACAUUCUGUUUGCUUCUAAGUAAAUACAUUUUUUAUUAA